UUUCCACUAUCAGCCAGCAUCUCUGAGACUUGGUGUGCAGGCUGCGGGAGGCUGGGUAAGCGACCUCCAGCCUCCAAUGCAGCGGUGAAGCCAUUCAAGCCAAGCCAGAUGCAUCGACCAUGUUUCAUUACCAGCACCACGACGAACUUGGAAAGGCCUCACAACCUGAAUGUUGAAAAUUCGGUUCGGGGACGAGACCAUUGGGCCGCACGGAUGUCUCGCGGGUCACACACCAUCUCGGCCCCUGGUCCAGGAAGGUUGUAUCCCGCGCUGCAAGCGGCAAUCGUUCAGGGGGUUGCUAGCCAGCCAUGUGGUUGCCCAAAUGCGAAUGUGCCCAUGUCCCACCGCUGUCUCUCGGAUUGCGUCAAUGCGGCGCUCUGUCAGCUGUGGGCCCUCUCUUUGAACUCCCUCAGCCUCGGCAACGCCUCUUGGAGCUGCCGACAUCCUGAAGUUAAAGGGUCGUCCCGAGUGUCAAUACCGGCAAUGGUCAAACCGUCUUUAACGGCUUGUCACCACGUCGCACUCGUAUCUCGUAGGGCAAGAUCCGGUCAAGAGACUGCUUCCUAGCUGCCUAGCUGGUGAUGGGAAGGCUGUGCAAGGGGCUCAUGGUUUACAUACCUAACCUGGAAGGAGAACCAUCUGUCUGGGGCGUGUUAUGUGUUGGUAUGCCGCUCCCAGACGUC